UAACAAAUUCAUAAACAGCAGAUGGUGGUUGACGUCAUAUCCUCCAAGCUCCGGUGGUGGUUGACUCCUUCUGGGAUCGUGAGACAAUUCUGGAUGUCAGGGAAUGGUUUCAGCGGGAGUGGCAAUUGAAGCUCAAUUCUCUGCCAAGGGAACAAAACAACACAGCGGACUUCUUCGCAAGGAAGGCGGCACGAGAAGGUACACAAUUAUCAUUUAUCAACACUUAUAGGUCACCACAGUAAAGAGAGAAAUUUAAAAAGAGAAAACAGAAAUUUAAUUGGUCUUCAUUCCAUAUGGGCCGGGCCCAGAACAAAACAAGGGACAAAGUCCCCUACAAUCAGCUAAUGUGGCAUAGCUUAGCUGUCGUCGGUCAUCGGCGUUGGUCCUCCUCCACUGCGCCGCCGUGCUCUCCCGGUCCUCCACCGCGCCGCCGAAGCAAACGGACCUAGAACUCAAUGGGUACCGAAUUCGAAACAAUUGAGGGAAGGAUAACAUGUAUGCUUUCGCAGCUACAAUCCGAGUGUGGCAUCCUUCAUAGAAUGGUUUACAAGAACAAGAACCAGCACCGCCGCUGUGGCUAUUUCCAGCGUCUCUUGAAGGUGAGAAGGGAUUUGAGGCUUCUGCAAUCUGCAAACUUGGAAGAGCUUGUUACAUCAUGUUUCCUUGUUAUCAAAGGAGAUAGGCCAAAACAGAAGGUUCAUCUUUUAGAGAGCUUGAAAAGGAGAAAAUGCGAUGGUGAAAAGCAUAAUUUUUUGGAGCGCCUUUUAGGAGCUGCACGAUUACUGUCAGAGAUGGUUGAAGCAAUACUGAAGGCUGCAACUGAAAUAUCUGUAUUGUUUGCUCGAUCCUUUUUUAUGGGAUUUUCUGUAACAAUUAUGGCCUUGCUAGCACGUCUUCGAGUUUUGGUUCAACAAAUCUUACUUGAUGUUGUUUCAUUGUUCAACAUGGUUUCUUCCCUGUCUAGAAAGAAGCAAUCAAUAAAAAUAUCUCAUGAGAAAGUAGAGGUUUUUAGAGAGUUCUACCCAGUAAGUGCUGAUUUUGUGACAUUAAAGUGCGUAUGGGAAUCAGAUAAAUUUAUAUUACUUGAGACAAAGCAUAAGUGGGAGAGUGAAAAUCAAAUUGAGAACUCUGGUGGAAAUUUCUCUGUUCAAGCAUCUGGUGUCAACUAUUCUAGUAUCAUGUCUAUUCUUGGGGAUGAUCAACGUGUCUCAGAGAGAGUUGAAACAGACCCUACUGCCAGAGAAGAUGCCUCUCAUGUCAAGGACAUGAAUACUGAUUUGUUGACAGGCUCAUCGCAAAUUGAUUAUGGCAAUGAGACUUUAUGUAGUAAGGAGUGUGGAGAAAGUGAUGGUACUGCAAAACCCUCGUUUGGCGAAUCUUCACAAGAGGGUGGCUUGCAUGAAUUUUCACAACGUCACUCUGGUUUAAAGAAGGUGGCAUUUGUGUCAAUAAAGAAUCCUACAUCAGCUCCACAAAAUGCACAAAGUAUUCCUGUGUUUACUAGCAAUGUCAAGGCAUUUCAUUCCAUGGGAAAUCAAAGUGAUCAAACAAAAGAUGACACAAGGGAUUCACUUGCAAAUGUACUUGCUAAUAUAAAUGCAAAGGAUAGUUUUUUUUAAACACUGAUAGUUUUUAAUGCAAGCAUAUUGGGAAUUUCUCGGUUCUUAA